AUGUCUUCACAACGCGUACUGAGAUUAGGAAUAAUCGGUGCCGGGGAGGUCUUCCAAGUAUGCCAUGGACCUUGUCUCUUGCUGCUCUCCCACCUCUUUAAGAUUGAGUCGAUUUGCGACCUAUCGGCAAAGACAGUGGAUCACUGCGCUACUAAAUUUUUCAUUCCACAUAAGACCACCCUUCCGCAGGAGGUCAUCGACAACCCAAACGUGGAGGUUGUCUUCAUCCUGACCUCAGACGAAAGCCAUGCCCCAUUGGCCAUUGCGAGCCUCAAUGCGGGCAAACAUGUCUUCGUUGAGAAACCAGUGUCGCUGUCUCUUCCUUCAAUCCAGUCUAUCAUCGAUGCGGAGCAGAAUGCACCCGCAGGGGCCCGCGUGUUUGUGGGCUACAUGCGUCGCUAUGCCCCAAGCUUUCUUGAAGCUUUCAAGCGUGAGAUAGCAACGAUCCCAAGGAUCCAGUAUGCGCGCGUCCGUGAUUUCAGUGGACCCAAUGCCCAGUUUGUCAAUCAGAGCGGAACCUUUCAAGUCAAGAACUCCGACUAUCCCUCAGAAGCCACCGAGGAGCGCAGUUCCCGCCUGGAAAAGCUCUUCGCCGAAGCCUUUCCAAACCAGGAGAUCACGGACGAAAAGAGAAAGUUUUGUCGAUUCCUGGGUAGUUUGGGCUCACACGAUAUUUCUCUCAUGCGGGAAGUCCUGGGAUUCCCCGAAGAAGUUGCCGGCGUGUCCGCCAACGAUCCAUUUUACAGCGCGAUCCUGAAUUUCCGAAACAAGGAUGGGUCAACUUUCUCGACCACCUAUGAGAGCGGAAUCGAUGAGGUGCCUGUAUUCGAUGCCCAUAUGGCUGUCUACGGGUCUCGGAAGAGAGUGACCAUCAAAUACGACAGCCCAUAUGUUAAGGGUCUGCCUAUCUAUGUGGAGGUAGAAGAGCCGAAUGAGCAUGGCGAGAUUCAACGGCGUACCGUGUUGUCCUCUUACGAGGACGCAUAUACGGCGGAACUCCAGGAGCUGUACCAGGCACUUGUCCAUGGUAAGGCGAUCAAGUCGACGGUACAAGAUGCCAAGAAGGACCUUGAGAUAUACGAUAUGAUGUACAAGCGCUGGAAUGGGAAUUAA